UUCGAAACAUAAACCGAAUUUUAUUCAGUACUCUCUCUCUCUCUCUUUCUCUGUCUCUCCCAUUCCCUCUCUGUGUCGAUCAAAUCGGGUUCCGAUGCUGCGAGCAAACCCUAGAGCAAUCUCGUCCCUCCAAUGGCGGGCUAAAACCCUCACUCCCCCACGCUAUCGCCUUCACUGAUAUCCCCACACCCCCCGCUGCAUGGACCGCGACAAGCUCGCCGCGACGCUCCCCCGACCAAACCCUAGGAACCUCCCUCCCUUCCUCAAGCCAAUGCCCGCCGAGCUGCCGCCCCAGAAGGCACCUCCCUCGAUCCUCGACCGCUUCAGGGCCCUGCUGAAGCUCCGCGACGAUGAGGGGCUCUCCCCUCCCGGCUCCGACGAGAUCGUCCGCAUCUACGAGUCCAUGCUCACCGAGCUGACGUUCAAUUCCAAGCCCAUCAUCACCGACCUCACGAUUAUCGCCGGCGAGCAGAAGGCCAACGGAGAGGGCAUCGCGGAUGCUAUCUGUGCUAGGAUUAUUGAGGCCCCUGUCGACCAGAAACUGCCAUCACUGUAUCUGUUGGAUAGCAUUGUCAAGAAUAUCGGGAAGGAAUAUGUUAGGCACUUUUCUUCCCGACUGCCGGAGGUUUUCUGUGAGGCAUAUCGACAAGUGGAUCCCAGCAUGUAUGGGUCUAUGCGGCACCUUUUUGGGACUUGGUCAACAUAUUUCCCUCCUCAAGUUCUUCGGAAGAUUGAGACAGAGCUGCGAUUCUCAACUCAGGAACGUAAUCAGACUGGUGGGGUGACUUCUCUGAGGUCUCCUGAGUCUCCUCGUCCAUCUCAUGGCAUCCAUGUCAAUCCAAAGUAUGUGCGCCAGUUGGAUCAUUCAGCAGUAGAUAGUGUAGGAACCCAGAGGUUGACAUCACCUGGACAAUAUUUAGGUCCAUCACCUUCUUUGACUGCUGAGAAGCUGCAAGCAUCCUCUAGAAUUGCUCCUGAAAAGCCCUUUUCUUCAGAGUUUGAUGAAUUCUCAGUCAAAAAUUCUCCAAGGAAAUAUGAGAAGUCCUCUCCAUCUCAUCCAGCCUUUGAGUAUGGCCAUGGAAGAUUGAAUACUCGAAUGAAAUACUAUUCUGAAGACGCUCGCAAUCGGCUCGACGCAUCUACAUCUUCUAAUGUCGUCAAUGGGCGCGGGCAUCAGAAUCUUAGAGCUUUAAUUGAUGCCUAUGGGAAUGAUGAAAGGGAAAGUUCCUUGAAAAGUAGGCCUUUAGCUGUUGAUCGUGUGGGCAAUAACAAGGUAGCUGCGAUCUCUUGGCAAGAUACUGAAGAACAGGAGUUUGACUGGGAAAAUAUGAACCCAACAUUAGCAGAUGGGAGUCGGAGGAAUGAGACUAUGCCUUUUGGACGGCAUGGAGUUCCUUCAGAAACUGAUAUUCAUCGGAAAUGGUCCAGUCAGCCUCGGUUUCCUUCUGUUGAUGAAUCCAAACAUUCUGCUGGAAAUGCAAUCAUGCUGCUCGAUGGUGACCGUGGAUUGAAGAAGCUAUCAGCAUUAAGAAGCGACACAAAUCAGAGCAUGGCUUCUCGCUAUUCUCAGGAAGCAAGGACCGGGCCCAACAAUCUUCCUCAGACUUCACGGUACAUUGUUAACAGAGGAACCACAAGGAAUUUCGCAGCGGCAUUUUCUUCCAGUGGUAUGCACUCAUCUGCAGAAGAACCUCUGAAUGUCGAGGCACAGUUUGCCAAUCCAACUUCAUCAUUAGACUUGUUUCCCUCUAUUAAUCAGCACAAGUCUCAGCUGCCCCUUGUGAACUCUAUACCUCCAAGCAUGAUGCAGAUUAGGGGUUCAUUCCACCCCCCAGUUGCUAAUACUGUAACAGAUCGAGAGCCAAAUCAGGCUUUAAAUAAUUUAGAUAGCAGGGAGAUGAUUCCGAAGAACCCUGCAAUUUUCCCGAACCAGCAACAAGUUCUAUUGCCUCUGAGUCAGUGCAGUCAAGCACAGGCCACUCCCUUACCUUCACAGUUUCUCCAUCAGAAGGCUCAAGAAAAUUUCCUUCAGCCUCCUGUUUCAACGUCAUACCAUGGACCUGCACCUUCCUUGAAUUAUGUAUCUUUUCCGCAGGGUCCCCUUCGUGCAAUGCCUCCAGCGCCUGGGGUGCACCCUUCUUUACCAAUCUCGAACAUUCCGAGCAGCUCCUUUCAUCUUCCCAGGGGAUCCAUGCCUUCCCUGCCUACAGCUGCCCCUUCUUUGCCAGCUUUACCAAUUUCACAAGGUCCUGGAGUCGCAUACUCUGGUUUGAUAAGUUCUCUCAUGGCUCAAGGUUUGAUCUCGCUGGCAAAUCAAGCCCCUGUACAGGACUCUGUUGGACUUGAGUUCGAUGUGGACCGUCUUAAGGUUCGACAUGAAUCUGCUGUUAGAGCUCUGUAUGCUGAUUUGCCCAGGCAAUGCACAACAUGUGGGCUCCGGUUUAGAAGCCAAGAUGAGCACAGCAGUCACAUGGACUGGCAUGUGACCAAGAAUCGGACUGCAAAGAAUCGUAAACACAAAUCUUCUCGGAAAUGGUUUGUCAGCACGAGCAUGUGGCUUAGUGGUGCGGAGGCAUUGGGUGCUGAGGCAGUUCCUGGGUUCUUGCCCACGGAGACGGUUGAAGAGAAGAAGAGCGAUGAGGAAAUGGCUGUUCCGGCCGAUGAAGAUCAGAAUGUAUGUGCUCUCUGCGGAGAGUCAUUCGAAGAUUUUUUUAAUGAUGAGACAGAGGAGUGGAUGUAUAAAGGAGCAGUUUACUUGAAUGCGCCUCUUGAUGGUUCAACAGCGGGAUUAGAUAGGUCUCAGUUAGGUCCUAUAGUUCAUGCUAAGUGCAGGUCAGAAUCAAGUGGUGCACCCCCCGAAAAUUUUGGACAAGGGGGAAGCAUUGAAGAGAGCAGUCAAAGAAAACGGUUGCGGUUGAGUUAAUUAUCAAUUGUCAAUGCUCCCUUCCCUGUAAAAUUUGUUCAUCUCCUCAGUACUGGCGGUAAAUCUCCCGACCUCAUCUUUCACCAAGAGUUUGGAGCUCGACAUUUGCCAGCCUUGAGCCCAUAAUCUUUGUACAUGUAAUACUUGAGCAUCAUAAAAUGCAACAUCAGUUUGAGAGGAAAAAAGGGGCUUUACACAUCUCCCUCCCUUAUGACGAUUCGUUCUGCGGCUCUUCCCAAUGUUUACGGCCGCAUCUGGAGAUAAAUUAGGAACUGUUGUCAACUGUUAAGUGUAUUUUUUUCAAUGAUCUGAAUUCUGAACUAAUAGGAAAUGAAAGUGGAGUUGCUCUCUCCCUCCCUACCCCCACCUUCUUCUCUCUCCCCCUCUUUUUUCUGCAUACUGUGCAGGUAAUGAAGGCAAAUGUUUCGAGUUGGUCUCAUGCGCAUUUCUAAUCCCAGUCGAUCCGACGCGUGACAAGAAGAAAUGAAGACAUGGAUUCUCCUGUUAGAUGAGGAAGGAUGUACGCUUGUCUUACUUAAAAACCAUUUCUCUUUCAACACUGAGUUUUAGCUGUGGACUGUUUUUAGACCGCAUGAUAAUGCUUAAUGUAGAGUGAAUACUA